CACCCCCAAAACAAUCUCCAUAACCAAAAACUUCCACCAUUUCAUUCCUUCUUUUUCUUCCUCCUUUUCAUAAUGAUGACUACUCUAAAAUCUGAUCAACUCAAACAGCUAAAAGACAUAUUCAUGCGUUUCGACCUUGACGGCGACGGCAGCCUAACACAACUAGAACUCGCCGCCCUCCUCCGCUCUCUCGGUCUCAAACCCGGCGGCGAUCAACUCCACACAUUACUCGCCAAAAUAGACCACAAUGGCAACGGAUCCAUCGAAUUCGACGAACUCGUAAAUGCCAUAAUGCCUGAUAUGAAUGAAGAUAUUUUAAUGAAUCAAGAUCAGCUCAUGGAGCUUUUCCGGUCGUUCGAUCGCGACGGUAAUGGCUACAUUACCGCCGCUGAACUCGCCGGACAAAUGGCCAAAAUGGGUCAUCCUUUAACGUACCGAGAAUUAUCAAAUCUCAUGCAAGAAGCUGAUACGAAUGGAGAUGGUGUAAUAAGUUUCACUGAGUUUGCUAAUAUUCUUGGAAAAUCUGCUACUGAUUUUCUUGGCCUAACUGUCUCUUAACUGAUGGUUUAAUUAAUUUCGGUAUGUUUAUAAGGUGGCCUUUCGUGUCAUUUUCAUCCAACAUGGCAUCGUUAACGUUAAAAAAAAUGAAUCUUUUGUUGAUGGAUUGUAGACAGAUUUGGAUGAUAUUGACUCGGUUUAAUAGACCUUUGUUGUAUUGUAUUUUUAUGUUUACGAUUUUUUAAUUUUAGCUUUUGUGUUUUUUAAGGUUAGAUUAUAGGAUUCUAUAUGUCCCCCUUUACAUCUAAAUGAAAUAUACUAACAAGUUUAAGGGAUAUAUUUGGCGUAGAAAGAAUAUUGUAUUGAGGUUACGCGAACCUCGAUGUAUUUGAAUUAAGGAGGAGAAGGAUAAUUGAUGAAGUUGUAAUGUCUUUUUUAACUCUUGUAACUAUUAUAUUGGCAUGUUAUGUCUUCA